AUGGGCAAAGAGCAGGAUUUGCUGAAGGCGUCUGCCGAGGGCGACUUGAAGACCGUCCGCCGCAUUCUCGCCAACCAGACUGGCGGCGUGCUUGGCAGCCUCAUGAAGAAGAACGACGACCUCGGUGCCUUCGAAAUGCCAAAGGAAAAAAUCCCGCUGCAGCACAUUGCGAUUGACUGCCGCGACGACGACAACUACACGCCAAUGUCGCUUGCUGCGCUCAACGGCCACACGGACAUUGUCGAGUUGCUCAUCAUGCACAUGGCUGGUCUCAACCGCAAGGACAAGAACGGAAACGCACCAUUACAUCUGGUCGCUGUCCAAGGACACGGUGCCAUCAUGGAUCUGCUGCUCGCACACCAGGCCAAGGUGAACAACAAGAACAACACGGGCGACAACCCACUGCACUUUGCUGCGCAAUACGGCCGCAGCCUCCUGAUUGUCAAGCUUCUCAAUGCUGGAGCCGAUUUGUUGGACACCAACAACGCUGGAGAGACGUGCUUGGAUGUUGCUGCUCGUUUCGAUCGCCGAGAGACUGUUUCCCUGCUGAUUGAUACCGACCCGCGCAUUCUCAAGUCGACCAAGUCGCUGAUCGACGCGGCCACAACCGGUCGCAAGGAGGUUGUUUCCAUUCUCGUGAACGCUGGCAUGGACGUGAACGCCACGGCGCCCGCGACUGGCUCGACUGCGCUGCAUGAGGCUGCUCGUUUCUUCCGCAAGGAGAUUGUCCAGUUCUUGCUUGAUCACGGCGCCGACGCCAACAUCCGCAACAAUGCUGGCGAGACCCCGUUUUCGAUUGUCCAAGCUUAUCAGCAGGCCAAAGAGAACGACUUGUAUCCCAUUUUCAUUCAAGCGCAAAACCGCCCUCCAGCAAUCCCCGCAAGGCCAGGUCAGGCACCCCCUCUACCUUCGCGCCCAGGCCGCCCUGGCGGUGCGCCUGUGCCCGGAGGCGCUGCUGCUCCCCCACCAGUGCCCAAGAAGCGCACCAAGCGCUUCCCCAUCCUCAUUCCGGCCGAGACGUGGACGCAGAACACGGACAAGUACCGCACGCUGGCCGAAGGUGCCAACCGCGCGACCAACGUGCUUCUCGACGAUCCGGCCAAGUACUGGGUUGCCACCUCUGCCACAAACAACUGGAUUAUUUUCGAUUUGGGCGUCGAGUUCAACCUCACCGGCGUGCGCAUUGAAACCAUCUCGGACACACGGACGCCAAAGACGUUUGACAUCCAGACUGGCAAAUCACUGGCCGGUCCGUGGACGACCAUCAUGACCCACAACAUUGACAACAAGGGUCCGACAGACGCUGCUGCUCGUGGCGAGUUCCAAGAGUUUAUGGGCUUUGACGCCAGCUCGCAGUUCUGGCGAUUGAUGUUCAAGAACAACUAUGGCGGCUUCCACACCUUGGUCAAGCAGAUUCAAUUCUUUGGUCUUGAGUGCCGCCUCGAGUCGUGGCUCACCGCUCUUGGCAUGCAGCAAUACUUUGUCAACUUCCUCGAGAACGACAUUUCCCAACUGACUCGCCUUGCACUCAUGUCGGAAACGGAGGUCAAGAACAUUAUCCAACUCGCCGGCCACCGCAAGAAGCUGAUGAUGGCGGUCAAGGAAAUCAAAGACCAAGUCUGCGCGCUCACCAAGCUCAAGUUCACCAAGAUGCCAUGCAACCACACAUUCGACAUGGCAGUCCUCCCGCCCUUCGAAGUCACCGGCGAUCCCGGCAGCGAGGAGCAGAUUGGCAUUGUGGCUCACGGCGGCGCAAUUGUCGGCGGCACUUCGUUGAAGCGCCUUGUGCCCGACGGCCUCAACCCUUCCAAAGUCGUCUUUGACGACAUUACCUUGUCGCCCGCCGGCACCUAUCUCCUCGAAGCGCAGGCGCUUGGCAACCCCGCUGUGCUGUGCCGUCAAGACAAGCCCAUUGUAGUUGAAUUCCAACUCAAGGACAACUCGGCGCUCAACUCCAUGUUUGACGAUCUCGACAGCAUGCUCAAGUUCUAA